CGGAAAGUCGGAGAGGGGCGGGACCGCGAGGCGUCAGGGGGUGUGUCAGCGCGCACCACGGGGGCGCGCGCCAGCCUCUGACUGGCGGCCGCCGCGGCCGAGGCGCGAGCUGCGUGAUAAUGGCGGCCUGCAGAGCCCGUGAGAGGGAGAAGCGGCGGCGGUGGCUACCCUGAGAAACUUUGACCUUGAAGAUGGUGAGUAGCCAGCCGAAGUACGAUCUAAUACGGGAGGUAGGCCGAGGUAGUUACGGUGUUGUGUAUGAAGCAGUCAUCAGAAAGACUUCUGCACGGGUGGCAGUGAAGAAAAUUCGAUGCCAUGCACCUGAAAAUGUCGAACUAGCCCUGCGUGAGUUCUGGGCACUAAGCAGUAUCAAGAGCCAACAUCCAAAUGUGAUUCACUUGGAGGAAUGCAUCCUACAAAAAGAUGGGAUGGUGCAAAAGAUGUCCCACGGCUCUAAUUCUUCCCUUUAUCUACAGCUUGUAGAGACUUCAUUAAAAGGAGAAAUUGCCUUUGAUCCCAGAAGCGCCUAUUACUUGUGGUUUGUGAUGGAUUUUUGUGAUGGAGGAGAUAUGAAUGAAUAUCUGUUGUCCAGGAAACCUAAUCGUAAAACUAACACCAGCUUCAUGCUCCAGCUGAGCAGUGCCCUGGCUUUCUUGCAUAAAAACCAGAUCAUCCACCGAGAUCUUAAGCCUGAUAACAUCCUGAUUUCUCAAAGUAGGAUGGAUACCAGUGACUUGGAACCCACACUCAAAGUGGCAGAUUUUGGUCUCAGUAAAGUUUGUUCAGCCUCUGGGCAGAACCCAGAAGAACCUGUCAGUGUAAAUAAGUGUUUCCUUUCCACAGCAUGUGGAACAGAUUUCUACAUGGCUCCUGAAGUGUGGGAGGGACAUUAUACAGCAAAAGCUGACAUCUUUGCUCUGGGGAUUAUCAUCUGGGCAAUGUUGGAAAGAAUCACAUUCAUAGACACAGAGACAAAGAAGGAACUCUUGGGGAGUUAUGUCAAACAAGGAACUGAGAUUGUGCCUGUUGGGGAGGCGCUUCUGGAAAAUCCCAAAAUGGAACUUCUCAUUCCUGUGAAGAAAAAGUCUAUGAAUGGGCGAAUGAAACAACUGAUUAAGGAAAUGCUGGCUGCAAACCCUCAGGAUCGUCCAGAUGCUUUUGAACUAGAACUCAGAUUAGUACAAAUUGCAUUUAAAGAUAGCAGCUGGGAAACGUGACACAUAUAUUAUUUGCAAAUAUCUUGGAUGAUAAUGCUGCUUGUUUUAGCAGUGAUGCAACAUAAUGUGGCUGAAAAAGAAUAUAAAAAGCUAAACUCCGCCUUCUAAGGGUUUAGAUUUUAUUGUGGGGUGUUUUUUUUCCUUGUUUUUCUUAAGUCCAGGCGGGCCAUUUUGUCAGUAUGUUUUAAAUGUGUAUUACCAAUGUGGGUGUAAAUUUUUUUAAAUGGUCAUUGGUAGAAGUUUGGCAGGAAAAUCCUCCAAGAGCCAAGAAGAAAAGAGCAUCCAAUUUUCUGGAAAUAUGUCUCCAAGUAUUUUAGACAUUCCUUGUCAGUAUUAGGAAUUUCCUUGGAAGAAGAGGUUUGCAUGCUGGUAAUGCAACCUUGGAGCUUUGUAAAGGAAACAUAUAUGUAUAUAUUUAUGUAUAUGUAAGUAUGUGAAUGUGUGCAUUUUGCAUUCCAUAUGAAGAAAACGCCACUUCUGUUUAAAUUAUUUGAUGUAGGUUUGGGUUUUUGAGAUUUGCUGGUGAAAUCAGUGAUGAAAAAUAUAAGAACCUUCCUUCAUCUUCUUACCCUCUCCCUCCUUCCUACAUUUUUUUUAUUUUUGUAGUAGUGUACAACCUUUUUUCAAGCCAUCAUUUUGGAGGGUCUAAAAUUAUAUGAUUAAACAGGAAUGAAAUGAAAUGAUCCAAAGCUGCUGAAGUAUGUUUGAGCCCCCCAGUGCCUGAUAGCUGCCAGGGGUGGAGUUAGACAUGCAAUCAUGGUUGCAGGUUGGCAAGGACAGUGAUGAUUCAGUCAUACCUUCUUUAGGUAACCAGGCAUAAAAUUAACCAAUUAAACCACUGCAUUGGGACAUGUCUGCACUUGAGCAUCUGUAAUCUGAUAUAAAGCUAAACACAGAAUUCUUCUGUUUCUAGAAACUUUGCUAUAUAUGAACUAUGGUACUUGAUAUGUUAGUUUUUUAUUUGAAGACUUUGUCUAAGCCUUAGCAUAAAGUCGAAGAAACCAAAUGAGCUCUACCCUCACAUUGCCUGCCCUGUAACGGUCUCUUGUUUAAUCACUGGAUUCCUUUUGUUUUGGCACUAAUGCUGUUUUAUCUAAUUUGACACAGUAAUGGUAGUGAUAUGCUUGUAUUAAAUGUUGAUUACCUUUUUCUAAAGUGGGAGAUGAUACCUAUACAGUGAUAAAUGGAUAAAGUACUGUGGCAUCAACUAAAUCUUUAAGUAGAAAUGUCACUGAUUUUAUACAAUCACUUGGUAGGGUCUGUGUCAAAAACUGAUAGACCGUUAUUCUUUUGAAGUGAGUUUGAUUUUAACCCUAUCUGGUUGUCUCAAAUUUGUUUUUCUAUAAAUGCAGGUAGUUAAAAUCUAAGGAAACCAAGUUUUCCUAAAACAGCCUUUAAGAUUCAAUAGACUUUAAAACCAUUGUAUCUAGGUUAAUCUUUAUAAAGCACUAGAAUCUUUGGUUAAAAGUAAAAAAAAGUAUUUAAAUCAUUAAUAGUUUACAUAGUCUUUUGAACUCUUUGAACUUCCACAGCUUUUGGAAUAUUGCUGUCAUAAUUUUUUCCUUAUUUAAAAUGUGUUCAGGGGACUAUAGAAGGUGAAAAAGCACAAAAAAUUAGAAUAUGCAAAAUUUCUGAACUGUAUUACUUGGUCUGGAAGUUUAAAAUUUAAACUCAAAGGUUUUACUGAAGUAAACCUUUUAAAAUAAAAUUGUGUACUUUUGACAUUUUCAAGCUAAUAAUGUAAAAAUUCUUUUGGAAAUCAGAGAUGGAAAUACACUGGAACCUCUUGAUAAUUGACCCUCUGGAUCACCAAAUUAGUAUAACACAGAUCUGGCCAAGGGAUUUGAAUUACUGGAAGUAAAAAAUAUCAUUUUAAUGUCCCAUCAGUAACAUGGCACUUCAGCAGAGAUUCAUGAUGAUUCAGGAGAUGGUAUGCCCAUGUGUCAUUUGCUCUUCAAAUAAAUAUCUGUGCUUGUAGCUAUGGCUUCCUAAGCACACAGUUUUUCAUCCUGCCUCACUUAAAAUAAUUAAUGAUUAUCACUAUUUUUAAAGAUUUUAACCUGUGAAGCAGAAUUCUUUCACUGGCAGUAAGAGUGUGAAGUGAUCAGGAAAUUUCUUUUGGAAUUUUAUCAAGUCCUUGUAUUCUAAAAUACCCUUAUGAUACCAAGCAAAAUAAAUAGUAAAUUCUUUGUGUUUAUUUGUUCUUUCAGUCAGGAGGUAUUAAGUACCUACUGUGUGCUCAGCACUAAAAUUCAGUUGAUAAAUGACAGUUUAACAGUGGCUUAAAGCCACAGGUCUUUUCCAGCUGGAGUAAGAAAUAAAAGAUGAUUAGUGAUACUUGGAAAUUCCUGGGUAUUUGCUAGAGGAAAAACGAAAGCAAGAAUUUGUGCACAGUGCCUUGCCCAUAAUAGGUACUCAAUAAACAAUUAUUAUUCGUAGAGUCUCUUGUCAUGAUUUAUAGUGUUUUAUGAAAUUUGUCUUAAUUUUAAAAAGACCAAAUAUUUCAAAUAAGCUUAUAGGCAGCUGUGGCCAGUUAAAAUAUGGGGUUGUACAGUUAGUUCCUAGAAUGUUAUUUUGCACUAGUUGUCACUUAGAAAGAUGGGGUUCGUGUAGAUUUUUGGUGCUAAGGGAUACUUUGUCAUUAUGAUAAAGUAAGUGUUAAGUGUUGAUAAAUAGCACACUGAAUAGUUCUUUAUGCUGGUCUGUUUUUUCCUCUGUUGUUGUUUUAAUUGUAAAAUGUUUAUCAAUCAAACAAUUGUAGCAGCUACAAAAUAAUUCACCAGCAUGACAAAAUGGUCAAAAAAUAAGUCAUCAGCACUUCAAAAAUGAAAGCAACUUUUGAAAUUUUCUUUUAAAAUUAUUAAAUAUAUUUUAUGAAGAAUUUAUAGAAGGGAAAUUAUUGUAAUUUAUUGUUCAUGACUGCUUUUUUUUU